CUGGCCUCUGCACCCCGACAUCCUCCAGAGACUGCCCGGGCGCCGACUGUUUGGAAAGAGGAUGGGACUGUUGGCGGCGGGGAGGCGCUCAUCUGCCCGGGAUAAUAGCUGGAGAGGAGUGCGGGAUGAGAGCUAUCCCCCUGAUAGUGUCCCCGCAACCAGGGAGAUACUGUAGUUCCUCGGUCCUGGAGGAAGGCGGAAAUGUUCAAAAUGUCUUCCAAUAGUUACGAGGUUUCUAUCCCAAUGUCAAAAAAACCCAACGGCAUUCCAGAGACAACCUCUAAGGACCUGCAGACGUUGACUGAAGGAGCUGUGUUAAGUUUUCAUAACAUCUGCUAUCGAGUAAAAGUGAAGACUGGCUUUCUACUUUGUCGGAAAACAAUUGAGAAAGAAAUACUAGCAAAUAUCAAUGGAGUCAUGAAACCUGGCCUCAAUGCCAUUCUGGGACCCACAGGUGGAGGCAAAUCUUCGUUGUUAGAUAUCUUAGCUGCAAGGAAGGAUCCACAUGGAUUAUCUGGAGAUGUUUUGAUCAAUGGAGCACCUCGACCUGCCAAUUUUAAAUGUAACUCAGGUUAUGUGGUACAAGAUGAUGUCGUGAUGGGGACUCUGACAGUGAGAGAAAACUUACAGUUCUCAGCAGCCCUUCGGCUUCCAACAACUAUGACAAAUUACGAAAAAAAUGAACGGAUUAACAAGGUUAUUCAAGAGUUAGGUCUGGAUAAAGUGGCAGAUUCCAAGGUUGGAACUCAGUUUACCCGUGGUGUGUCUGGAGGAGAAAGAAAAAGAACUAGUAUUGCAAUGGAGCUUAUUACUGAUCCAUCCAUCUUGUUCCUGGAUGAGCCCACAACUGGCUUAGAUUCAAGCACAGCGAAUGCUGUCCUUUUGCUUUUGAAGAGGAUGUCUAAACAAGGACGGACAGUCAUCUUCUCCAUUCAUCAGCCUCGUUAUUCCAUCUUCAAGUUGUUUGAUAGCCUCACCUUGUUGGCUUCAGGAAGACUAAUGUUCCAUGGGCCUGCUCAGGAGGCCUUGGGUUACUUUGAAGACAUUGGUUUCCACUGUGAGCCCUAUAAUAACCCUGCAGACUUCUUCCUGGACAUCAUUAAUGGAGACUCUUCUGCUGUGGUGUUAAAUAGAGAAGACACAGAUGAUGAAGCUAAGGAGACCGAAGAGGCUUCCAAAAACGAUACUUCACUCAUAGAAAAAUUAGCUGGGUUUUAUGUCAACUCCUCCUUCUUCAAGGAAAUAAAAGUUGAAUUAGAUCAAUUCUCAGGGGAGCAGAGAAGGAAGAAGCUUUCAUCCUACAAGGAGAUCACUUAUGCCACCUCCUUCUGUCAUCAGCUCAAAUGGAUUUCCAAGCGUUCAUUCAAAAAUUUACUGGGUAAUCCCCAGGCUUCUAUAGCUCAGUUAAUUGUGACAGUCUUCCUGGGACUGGUUAUAGGUGCCAUUUUCUAUGAUCUAAAAAAUGAUCCUUCAGGAAUCCAGAACAGAGCCGGGGUGCUCUUCUUCCUGACGACCAACCAGUGUUUCAGCAGUGUGUCAGCCGUGGAGCUCCUGGUGGUGGAGAAGAAGCUGUUUAUACAUGAAUAUAUCAGUGGAUACUAUAGAGUGUCAUCUUACUUCUUUGGAAAACUGUUAUCUGAUUUACUCCCCAUGAGGAUGUUACCAAGUAUUAUAUUUACUUGUAUAACAUACUUCUUGUUAGGACUGAAACCAAAGGUGGAGGCCUUCUUCAUCAUGAUGUUUACCCUGAUGAUGGUGGCUUAUUCAGCUAGUUCGAUGGCACUGGCCAUAGCAGCAGGUCAGAGUGUGGUAUCCAUAGCAACUCUGCUCAUGACCAUCUCUUUUGUGUUUAUGAUGAUAUUUUCAGGGCUGUUGGUAAAUCUCAAAACCAUUGGGGCUUGGUUGUCGUGGCUUCAGUACUUGAGCAUCCCUCGAUACGGCUAUGCGGCUUUGCAGCAUAAUGAAUUUUUGGGACAAAACUUCUGCCCAGGACUCAACGUAACAGCAAACAAUACCUGUAGCUAUGCAAUAUGUACUGGUGAAGAAUUUCUGACAAACCAGGGCAUCGAUAUCUCACCUUGGGGCCUGUGGAAGAAUCACGUAGCCUUGGCAUGCAUGAUUGUUAUCUUCCUUACAAUUGCCUACCUGAAAUUGUUAUUCCUUAAAAAAUUUUCUUAAAUUCCUCUUUAAUUUCAAUGAUUUACC